CCGUACCAAGGUAAUACGGUGUUUUUUCAUUGCUCUAGUUGAAUUCUUACGUUGAACAGUCCAGUGCUAACUCCGCCGGGUCGCACAUAUAUAGUGGAUCUAGGAGGUCCGCAGAUACUGCCGCAACGCGCCCGUUAUCUUAGUCGGCACAAAGAAAGAUAUGCGCCUCGGAACCGGCCUUUGGGCGCCGCUGUUCCCUAACUUGGAGACCCGCAUCAGCGCCGGGGAGGGCUCGAUGGCCGCAAACGGAAUGGGUGCUGUCAAGUACCUCGAGUGCUCAGCGAGAUCAGGCGAGGGCGUCAAUCGAAUCUUCGAGGAGGGUGCGCGAAUCGUCCUCCGGGAUCGCCUCGCCGAUGAGGAGGCAGCUCAAAUCCGAAACAAGCAUGAGAAGUCGCCUAAGAGGUCGAGUAGGACAUUUAUGUGUUUUUACUAGUUAGACAGUGCGUUUACGACAAGUUGAUUCCGCUGAGGAGCACUAUGGGUAAUGCGUUAGACUGUACACUGUACCUAUAUCUCGAGGCGAC